AUGACUUCAUCUGCCGCCCAGGAAGAAUAUAACGAGCUGUUCCGCGACAAAGGCACAGAGACACGCCACCCAGAAGACAGGAACAACGACAGCGACCGUGACGAGCCCGAAAAGGAAGAGCGCUACUACGAGCACGACGACCCUGCUGAAGACACCGACGAAGAGCUCGGCAUUGAAGACUCCGCCAUGCGUUCCAACAACUACCACGUUCCCUCGAUCCGCUCAGAGGCCAACACGGGGCCCAAGGGCGUCAUCGCCGACGCCGCUGCCUUUGAAAAGGCCAAGAAGCAGGCUCGCCGCUUCACCUGGAAGAGGGACCAGCAACCCACAUCCUACACAGUCACCGCCUACCACGACGAGAAGCUGUCCUCAGACGAUGAGGAGGAUGGCUUCAUGAAGCAGUGGCGGGAGGCACGCCGACGGAUAUACGGCAACAUGCCCGGUGUCGACGGCGAGGGCUUCCUCGAGGCCAUAGAGAAGGUCGCACGGGAUACCGUUGUGGUCGUCUUCAUCUAUGAUGAUACGUCUGAGAUCUCCGCCAUGGUCGAGGAGCAAAUGCGCGAAGUAGCAAGACGCAAUGACACCACACGCUUCGUCAAGCUUCACUACGAGGACGCCGAGAUGGAGGUCGCUGGCGUACCCGCCGUCAUUGCUUAUCGCAACUCUGACAAGUUCGCCGGCCUGGUGCCGCUGAUGGACGAGCUUCCCGAGGAUUCUGAACUCACAGCCGUGAGCUUAGAAACCGUCUUCAGGCGGUGA